UUCAUCAGGACACAAGCCCCGGUUAAAGGCUUCUCCAGCGUUUCGUAGAGGAUCUACCCCUGCCGAAGUCAUGGGUUCCACCAACAGUGUCCUGUCUGAAGAUCAGCUCCAGUGCACUAUCUGUCUGGAUGUGUUCACUGAUCCAGUCUCUACCCCAUGUGGACACAACUUCUGCGCGGUCUGUCUCAAAGAGUUCUGGGACAGCAGUGUGAACUACCAGUGUCCGGUUUGUAAGGAGGAAUUCUCCAAAAGGCCUGAGCUACGUGUGAACACGUUCAUCUCGGGACUGGCUGCUCAGUUCAAGGAGGCACUUCAACUGAACUCUAGCGGCACUCCAGGGCAACUUUUCUUUAAGUCGAAGAAGGUGCUGUGCGACUCCUGCACUGACAAAAAGCUGGAGGCUGUAAAGUCCUGUCUGGACUGUGGAGUCUCUUACUGUGAGACUCAUCUGAUGCCUCACCACACCGCAUCUAAACUCAAGAAACACCAACUGAUGGACCCUGUGGAGAACCUGGAGGACUACAUCUGCCAGAAACAUGAGAGACCCCUGGAGCUGUUCUGUAGAGACGACCAGACGUGUAUAUGUCAGUUUUGCAUUGAGGGAGAUCACAAGGCUCACAGAACGGUUCCUAUAGAGAAGGAGAGUCGAGCAAAGAAGACUGAGUUGGGAGAGACACAUGCAAAAGUUCAACAAAUGAUCCAUGACCGACUGAAAAAGAUUGAGGAAAUCAAACACUCGGUAUACAUCAAUAAAAAAAGCACUGAGAAAGAGAUUGCAGACAGUGUGGAGGUCUUCAGAGCCCUGGUGCGCUGCAUUGUGAGAAGCCAGGCGGAGCUGCUUGAGGUGAUGGAGAAGAAGCAGGAAACGGUAGAGAGGCAGGCUGAAGAGUUAAUUGAAGAGCUGGAGCAGGAGAUCACUGAGCUAAAGAGGAGAGACACUGAGCUGGAGCAACUUGCCCAAUCAGAUGACCACAUCCACCUCCUGCAGACUUACCCAUCGCUCUGCAGCCCUCUGCGGUCCAAGAACUGGAACAAUAUCAGUGUUAAUACAAAUCUGAGUGUGGACACUCUGAGGAGAGCUCUGUCUCAGCUUCAGGAAUCACUUGAUAAGAAAACAGAGAACCUUGUUGACAUUGAACUGAACAGAAUUCAGCAGUAUGCAGUGGAUGUGACUCUGGAUCCUGAUUCAGCUCAUCCUGCUCUAAUCUUGUCCACUGAUGGGAAACAUGUGAGACACGGAGACUCGCGACAGAAUCUACCUGAAAAUAUUCAGAGAUUUGAUAGAUCCCCCUGUGUUCUGGCAAAGGAGGGAUUCGCUUCCAGGAGAUUUUACUAUGAGGUUCAGGUCAAAAGAAAAACUAAGUGGGCUUUGGGAGUGGCCAGAGAGUCCAGUAACAGGAAGGGAGAGAUUACGGCCAACCCUGAGGAUGGAUACUGGAGUGUCUGUCUGAGCAAUAAGACUGAAUAUGAGGCUCUGGACUCUCCGUCUGUUCCUCUCUCCUUGAAACAGGCUCCCCAGAAGGUGGGGGUGUUUGUGGAUUAUGAGGAGGGUCUGGUCUCCUUCUAUGAUGUUGAGGCCAGGUCUCAUAUCUACUCUUUCACUGGUCAGUCUUUCACUGAGAAACUCUAUCCAUACUUCAACCCCUGUUCCAAUGACGGACGUAAAAACGUAGCACCACUGAUCAUCGCACCUGUCUUCAUCCUAUGUGAAGGCAUGUCUCAGUUUUCUGCCGUGUUUGGAAUAAAUUUUUGCAUAUUUCAAACCGAAACUAUGGCCUUUCCUGACUCUUCUUCACUUUGCUGUUGCAAUAUGUACAUUCAAGUUAUUAAAGAGCAAAAAACCAAGAAAUGUCAAUACGAAAUCACCUUCAAGGUGACUUUGAUGAUAUAUCUGUCUCUUUGGUCAGUCAUGGCUUCCUCCAGCAGUCUCCUGUCUGAAGAUCAGCUCCAGUGCUCCAUCUGUCUGGAUGUGUUCACUGAUCCAGUCUCUACUCCCUGUGGACACAACUUCUGCAGGGUCUGUCUCAAAGAGUGCUGGGACAGCAGUUCAGCCUACCAUUGUCGUGUUUGUAAGACAGAAUUCCCAACAAGACCUGAACUGUCUGUGAACACGUUCAUCUCUGGACUGGCUGCUCAGUUCAAGAAGUCAGUUCAGGUCAAAUCCAGCAGAGCUCCAGAGAAACCUGGCAAAUCUCAGGUGCUCUGUGACUUUUGCUGUGACACGAAAAAUGCAGCUCUGAAGUCCUGCCUGAUCUGUAUGGCCUCUUGCUGCGACACUCAUCUGGAACUUCAUCAGACAGUUGCUUCAUUCAAAAAACACAAACUGAUGGACCCAGUGGAGAACCUGGAGGACUACAUCUGCCAGAAACAUGAGAGACCCCUGGAGCUGUUCUGUAGAGACGACCAGACGAGUGUGUGUCAGUUCUGCACUGAAGGAGACCACAAGACUCACAGCACUGUUCCUAUAGAGGAGGAGAUUCAAGUGAAGAAGAUUCAAAUGGAAACGACACAGGCAGAAGUUCAUCAGAUGAUCCAGGACCGAUUAAAUAAGAUUGAGGAAAUCAAACAAUCUGUAGAGCUCAAUAAAAAAAGCACAGAGAAGGAGAAAGCAGACAGUGUGGAGGUCUUCAGAGCUCUGCUGCGCUGCAUUGAGAGAAGCCAGGCGGAGCUGCUUGAGGUGAUGGAGGAGAAGCAGAAAGCAGCAGAGAGGCAGGCUGUAGAGUUCAUUAAAGAGCUGGAGCAGGAAAUCACUGAGCUAAAGAGGAGAGACACUGAGCUGGAGCAGCUCUCCCACACUGAGGACCACCUCCACCUCCUACAGGUUUACCCGUCCCUCUGCAGCCCUCCACCCACCAAGAACUGGACUGAGGUCAGGAUUAACUCUCAUCUGAGGGUGGAGCCUCUGAGGAGAGCUCUGUCACAGCUUCAGGAAGCACUCAAUAAUGAGAAGGACAAGCUUCCUGACAUAAAACUGAAGAGAGUGCCAGAGUAUGCAGUGGACGUGACUCUGGAUCCUGAUUCAGCUCAUCCUAAACUCAUCCUGUCUGAUGAUGGAAAACAAGUGGCACUUGUAAAAAAACAAAAGAAUCUCCCCGAAAACCCAGAGAGGUUUGAUCGUUGUGCCUGUGUGCUGGGAAAGGAGGGGUUCUCCUCAGGGAGAUUUUACUAUGAGGUUCAGGUCAGCGGAAAAACUGCGUGGGAUUUAGGAGUGACCAGAGAGUCCAGUAACAGGAAGGGACAGAUUAUACUGAGUCCUAAGAAUGGAUAUUGGACUGUGUGGCUGAGAAAUGAGACUGAAUAUAAAGCUCUGGACUCUCCUCGUGUUCCCCUCUCCCUGAAAGAGGCUCCCCAGAAGGUGGGGGUGUUUGUGGAUUAUGAGGAGGGUCUGGUCUCCUUCUGUGAUGUUGAGUCCAGGUCUCAUAUCUACUCUUUCACCGGUCAGUCUUUCACUGAGAAACUCUAUCCGUAUUUCAGCCCCUCUGACAAUAAAGGUAAAAAUUCAGCAUCACUGAUCAUCACACCUGUUGAACAUUAAAAAUGAGGUUUAUUUCAAGCAUUACUGUGACAGAAGAACGUGUGCUGUGGCGCUGUAGACCAUAAUUAAUAAUAGGCCUUUUUAUUGCAGAUCUUCUUUUAAUGAGAUAAUGAAAUAAUUUGCCUACAUAGGAGUCACAGCUUUUUAUACACAGAUAAUGUAUCACUUUAGGCUCAGAUAAAAAUUCUGUUUCAUCGAUUUCUUUUUCAUUAGCAUAUGCUGAAUGUAAAUAUUCAUGAUGUUUAUAUUUUAGUUUGUUACACAUUUCUAAAGUGUACAUGUCAAUAUUUCAAAU